AUGGUCAUGGACGCGAUGCUGAAAUCGCGCCCCAUCUCGCACGACCUGACACAGCGUGCAGUUAAUAAGCUUAUCGAGGUCGGGUAUCAUGAUAUACGGAAAUUAGGGGAGAGCAGCUGGGAGGAGAGAACAAUGGUUCUCAAGGAUGGGGGAUAUAAUCGCUAUCGGGAGCAAGGUGCAACGAAUCUAGGCGAUUUGGCAGAGUUCGUCAAUGAGAAGUACGAUGGUGAUCUUAACAAUCUCCUGAAGAAAGCCCAUAACGACCGAGACGAAACGAGAAAGUUGAUCAAGGAGAUCAAAGGACUAGGCGACCUGGGCGUAGAUCUCUUUUUUAACAAUGCCCAGGCUGUGUGGCCUUCCCUUGCACCUUUCAUUGAUGGGCGCAGUUUGGAAACUGCUGAUAACGUCGGUCUUGGUACGGAUUUGGACGCUAUCUACGCCGAUUUAGGACGCGACUCCAUGAACAUGAGCCGACUAGCCAAUGGAUUUCGAAUUGUUAACAUCGCCGUCGGUGUGUUGAUGGUUCUCGGUGGUAUCUCGCAGUUCUUCCCUCCGUCUAUGAGCUCCAUCAUCGUCGGCAUCUACGUGAUUCUGUUUGGUCUCAUUGUCGGUGGAUUGGAAUUCCUGCCCAACGUUCCCGAUUACGUUUACCGCUACGCGUCCUUCCUCUUCUCUUUCCUGGGACGUGGUGCUUUCUACAUCUUCGUUGGAUCUAUCCUGCUGCACGAUGGCGUUUUGCGGUACAUUGCCGGCUCCAUCAUCGGAUUCAUCGGCCUGGGCUACCUUGCCCUGGAGUUCAUUCCCUCCAUCGAGCCCCCUUCCAACAUGCGUGAGAACGACCAGGGUUGGGGCGCCGAGCAGGUCUAAACGCGGUGUAAAAACUGUUCUUCGUUAACGGAGUGAUGGUGUAUGACGCAUAAUCCUUUGUGUUCUCAGAGUUGGUUAUCGUCUGCGAUCCCUCUCGCUGACAAGUACAACAAGACACCGUGGCUGCAAACGAGGCGUUCGAAGCACGAGUGAGAGUCAGGGAAAGCGAAAAUAACUCUUAUGCGAUGUUUGAUGAUCGACGAGCGCGAUGAUUGAUUCUCAGCGAUGAUUCAAGUGAUGGUGGUUGCAAAGACAAAACGAUCAGGUUUGGGCCGGGUUUUCCGGCCAGAAGAUGACACCGAAUCAUUCUACAUCACGUUAUCUUUUUUCUCUUUUCUCAAAUGGUGGAUGUUUGCAUUGGAGAAUUUUAAAGGCCUAGGCUGUCCUGUGGGGCCAGUGGUCCGUUCGUACCGGAUGGCGCUGUUUCAUGCCCAUUAGUUUUGUAUAAUAAGUAGUAG